AUGUCGACAUCGAGCGAGCGCGCGGCUGCGCGUGAGCAGGCCCUCUCGGCGCGCCUGUUUGGGGCCGGCAGUGCUUCGGUGCCUGACCUUUCUGAGCACCAACUAAAGCAUAUGGAUGAUGAUAUGCUCUUCACGCUAGAUUCGGGCGGCGAUAUGCCGAUGUUGGUCGAAGAAGCCACGGAGACGACAGACACAGCGGUCAACGAACCAUCGCUGUGGAAUGAUGCCGACGAUGAGCGGAUUACCGUGCCACUAGCAGGCCCUGGCGCGCGUGCGCCCGAUGGGUCCGUACGAGGGACAAAACGUCUGCGCAAGCUGCGUACCAGUGCAGGCGAGACGUCCAUUUCCGGCGUAGAGUACCAGCGCCGAUUGCGCAAGCAGUUUGAGCGAUUGCAUCCACGACCCGCCUGGGCGAAGCUCGGGACUCGUGCUAAGGAUACCAACGAGUCGUCGCUGUUGCGCGACCUGCUGAGCUCCGAUGCUGGGCUGGCCGCCACACACAGCGCAUUGAAACGGCUCACAUAUGAUCGCUUGGAUGUGGAACGGCUUCGCGAUGCGAACGAAGCGCAAGGUCGUAUGGCAGAGCCGGCGGCCAUUGAGCAAAUCCAAUUUCAUCCCAGUGCGCGCUCGCAUGUGCUGAUGACAGCGUCACGCGACCGUCGUGUACGUCUGUUCCAGAUCAAUGGCACGUCGAAUCCGCUGCUAGAGUCGCUGCAUGUGCCUGACCUGCCAGUCAAGACGGCACAGUUCCAUCCAUCGGGCUCGUCUGUGCUGAUUGCAGGCCCACGUCCAUACCUGUACGCCUAUGAUAUCCGGUCGGGCAAGACCCUGCGGUCGAGCCCAUGGCGAGGUGCAGGUCGUGUGGUCUCUAGUGCCACUGGCACAGAAGCGGACGCGGGGGCCGAGCGUGACCUGAGCUUCAUUCAGUUCCAGCCAGGCGCUGCGUCGCGCUUGGUGGCGGUCGGUGGUCGCCGUGGCCAAGUACAUUUGCUUGAUUGGGGUGCAGGGGCCGCUGGGCAGACGGGUGGUCAGCGUAUUGGUGAGCUGCGUAUGAACGCGCCCCUCGCAGGUAUGGCAUGGGCUACCGUUCCAGGCAGUGUGGAAGGGCUUGACGAAGCCAGUGCAAACGAGCAUCGUUUGUUGACACUCUCGACGGAAGGACGUGUGCACGUAUGGGACGUACGUAGUCGCUCGUGUCCUGUCACAGCCUACGAUACAGGGCUCUACGGCGCCAAAGGACUGCAAGUCGCGCCGACCAUGCCGAGCUACUGGGCGAUCGGCUCAAGUUAUGGCAUUGUGAACAUGUACGGUGGUGUGGGCACUGGAGCGACGGAGAGCUCGGCCUUGGAUGAGCUGCUUACGACACCUGCCUCCUCGACACUGGCCGACGAUGUGCGUAUGACGGCGCGUAAGAGUCUUGGAUCGUUGACGACGGCGACGACGUCGAUCCACUUUAAUCACGAUGCGCAGCUCAUGGCGAUUGCUAGCCGACACAAGAAAGACGCGUUGCGUAUGAUCCACGUGCCUACGCUGCAAACCUACGCAAAUUGGCCGACGGCAGGCACACCGCUGGGCCACGUGUCUUCCUUGGCAUUUUCGACGCAGAGCGAGUACAUGGCGAUUGGCAAUACGCGUGGCCGCGUAUUGCUCUAUGCCCUGCGUGCCUACAUGUAG